AAUUUUGGGUGCUGUUGUUUGUGUUCUUAUUGUGUGUGUGUGUGUGUGUGGUAGCGGUCUCUCCCUCUCAUUGUGUGUUUGCUGCUGGAGGUGGGAGGGCUCAGCUGAUGUCAUUGAGUGCAGCAGGCUGAGCCUGAAAGAGGCCCUUUGUUGGCAGCUGUAGCACGAGUAGUCCCUGUGCCUCAGAUACACACUCACACAGGGGACAGCAGAGAGGAAUGGCACCGCUCAGACUGCCCUACUGCCCACUCAACUGACACAUCUGCAGGUCGAGCAAGCUUUUGGACCAAACCCGCGCUUUUGGAUAGUUGUUUUAUCUUUACAGAAGUGGAGCUGACCAAAACCCAAAAGCAAAAGAGGGAGAAAAAAAACAUGGAGACGCUCAGAAGAGAAAGUUGACUUUGCCGGACAGCGGACUCUGCUUUUUCUGUUUCGGAAAGGAGUGAGGAGAAAAAGGAUUUUCAGCAGCUGAAAAGGACUGAGGAAAAGAAAGCCGAUAUAUUUCAACACCUAUUUCGGCUUUGUGCUGUUUCUCUGUUUGUCAGUUUUUGUCUUGUGUUUGAACAUUUCUCCUGUUGGACACAUGUAGAGGGGGAAACGUUCGAGGGACGUCUGAUUUGAACAAGCAACAACAUUUUCAAGCGGGAAGGGAAAGAAAGCAAAUGAAAAUGUUGGAGAUAUGCCUGAAAUUGGUGGGGUGUAAAUCUAAGAAAGGCCUCUCGUCCUCCUCCAGCUGUUACUUGGAAGAAGCUCUCCAGAGACCAGACUUUGAGAGUCAGGGUCUGACCGAAGCGGCCCGCUGGAACUCCAAAGAGAACUUGUUGGCCGGACCAAGCGAGAAUGACCCCAACCUGUUUGUCGCACUCUAUGACUUUGUGGCCAGUGGUGACAACACACUCAGCAUUACUAAAGGAGAGAAGCUGCGUGUGCUGGGUUACAACCACAACGGCGAGUGGUGCGAGGCACAGACCAAGAAUGGCCAGGGCUGGGUGCCGUCCAACUACAUCACCCCGGUCAACAGCCUGGAGAAGCACAGCUGGUACCAUGGACCCGUGUCACGCAACGCUGCCGAGUACCUGCUCAGCUCGGGCAUCAACGGGAGCUUUCUGGUCCGCGAGAGCGAGAGCAGCCCCGGCCAGAGGUCCAUUUCUCUGCGGUACGAGGGGAGAGUCUACCAUUACAGGAUUAACACUGCGUCUGACGGCAAGAACCUCUUUCUCCUCCAGCUGUACGUCUCGUCGGAGAGCCGUUUCAACACACUGGCGGAGCUGGUGCACCACCACUCCACGGUGGCCGACGGCCUCAUCACCACGCUGCACUACCCGGCGCCGAAGCGCAACAAGCCCACCAUCUACGGGGUUUCUCCCAACUACGACAAGUGGGAGAUGGAGCGCACUGACAUCACUAUGAAGCACAAGCUGGGCGGGGGCCAGUACGGGGAGGUGUACGAGGGCGUCUGGAAGAAGUACAACCUCACUGUGGCUGUCAAGACACUAAAGGAGGAUACGAUGGAGGUGGAGGAGUUUCUCAAGGAGGCCGCUGUCAUGAAAGAGAUCAAACACCCCAACCUGGUACAACUGUUAGGUGUGUGCACACGGGAGCCACCGUUCUACAUUAUCACAGAGUUCAUGACCCAUGGGAACCUACUAGACUACCUGAGGGAGUGCAACAGAGAGGAGGUCAAUGCAGUGGUGCUGCUCCACAUGGCCACGCAGAUCUCCUCCGCUAUGGAGUACCUGGAGAAAAAAAACUUUAUACACAGGGACUUGGCUGCCCGUAACUGUCUGGUCGGGGAGAACCACCUGGUGAAGGUUGCAGACUUCGGCUUGAGCAGGCUAAUGACUGGAGACACCUACACAGCUCAUGCUGGGGCCAAGUUCCCCAUCAAGUGGACCGCUCCGGAGAGUCUGGCCUACAACAAGUUCUCCAUUAAGUCUGAUGUCUGGGCAUUUGGUGUGCUGCUGUGGGAGAUCGCCACCUACGGCAUGUCUCCCUACCCCGGAAUUGACCUGUCCCAAGUGUACGAGCUGCUGGAGAAAGACUACCGAAUGGACCGACCAGAGGGCUGCCCCGAGAAGGUCUACGAGCUCAUGAGGGACUGUUGGAGGUGGAACCCCUCAGAACGUCCAUCUUUUGCUGAAACACACCAAGCCUUUGAGACCAUGUUCCAGGAGUCCAGCAUCUCUGAUGAGGUGGAAAAGGAGCUGGGCAAGAAAGGGAAGAAGGCAACAUUAGGCCCCAUCCAGAAGGCUCCAGAGCUGCCCAUCAAAAGCAGAACUCUCCGCAAAAACAUGGACAACCGGGAUGGAGAUAGUCCAGACCCACUGGAGCCGGAGGUAGCUGUGUCGUCACCCAUGCUCCCCAGGAAAGAGCGCCCCCUCCUGGACAGUAACCUGAAUGAGGAUGACCGCUUGAUACCCAAAGACAAGGACAAGUCGCGUGGCUUCCUCAGUCUCAUAAAGAAAAAGAAAAAGAACGCACCAGCUCCGCCCAAACGCAGCUCCUCUUUCAGAGAGAUGGACAUCCACCCUGACAGGAGGGGCGCCACCCCAGAUCUCCGAGACAGCGACAGCUUCAACAACGGUGCUUCAUUGGCCAUUAACGACAUCACACACGGCCUCGAUUCUGCAAAGUUCCUGAGUAACAAUAACGGGGCAGGGGGCAUCACCAACGGGGCUCCUACGUACCCGGGUCCUUUGUUUCCCAGGAAGAAGGGAGCUCCGGCUGUGCCUGGCCCUGGAGGGAAAACAGCUACAACACCGCCCAGCGAGGAGGAAUCCAUGUCUAACUCAAAACGUUUUCUCUGGUCCUCUAGCAUGCCCAGCGGCUCAGAUGGCACCGAAUGGAAGUCUGUCACACUGCCGCGAGACCUCGGCCAGCGCCACUUUGACUCAGGCACCUUCGGGGGCAAGCCGGCUCUGCCACGCAAGAGAACCAGCGAGCAAAAAGGGGAGAACGCCCCUCGAAUGGGCACCCUGACUCCCCCGCCGCGUCUGAACACCUUAUCAGAUGUUUCCUCUGCCUUUUUAGGCAAAGACACUGAUCCCAGUCCUGGUUCCAGUCCCCAGGCGUUAACACCUAAGGUGGUCAGGAGACCGGGGUUGCCGGGACUGGAGAACUCCAAGACCAGCGCUCUCCACGCUGAGCUUCUCAAGCCCAACGUGUUCCCUGCUUUAGGGGCAGCUGGAGACGAGAGCAGGGCCCGCAGACACAGGCACACUGGGGACUCGUCAUCUGUCAGGGAAAGAGGAAAGUUACAGAAACCCAAGCCAGCCCCGCCUCCGCCGCCCACCAACGCCCGAACGGGCAAGACUUCCCGCAGCCCCACUCAAGAACUCCCCUCCCCCUCGUCCACCACCUCAGAUGUCAAAGCUAAGGGCCUCCCCUCUCUCUCAGAGCCCCACCAUACAACCACUGCCAGUGACCAAGCCCGCUCACCCCUCAGUGAGGGCUCCAAGAAGCUGCCCCUGGGCUCCACCUCCAAACCUCAACCGUUAAAGACCUCCGCCUCCUCCUCCUCAGUGACCACCUCCCUCUCCAGCCAGAGCCUCGGAGGCUUCUCCUCCUCCCUCACCUCCCCCGGCGACCUCAGCUCGCCCACCGCUUUCAUCCCCCUAGUGAACACCCGACGCUCCCUCCGUAAGAUUGCACCCCGCCAGGCCGCCGAGCGCACCCCCAACUCGGCGGUGACGCGCGAGAUGGUGCUGGAAGGCACCGAGCUGCUCUGCACGGCCAUUUGCCGCAACUCGGAGCAGACGGGUAGCCACAGCGCCGUGCUGGAGGCCGGAAAGAACCUGUCCAAGUACUGCGUGAGCUACGUCGACUCCAUACAGCAGAUGAGGAACAAGUUCGCCUUCCGCGAGGCCAUCAACAAGCUCGAGAACAGCCUGCGCGAGCUGCAAAUCUGCCCCACCGCCACAGGGGGCGCCAAUGCACAGCAGGACUUCAGCAAGCUGCUGUCCUCUGUCAAAGAGAUCAGUGACAUUGUUCAGAGGUAGCGCCAUAAAAUCUUAAAACUACCAAGAUAUUAAACUGAUAUGAACUGUAUCCCUUUUUUCUGAGCGUGCGCAUGAACUGCGCUCCAUGCCGAGCUCGUGACGGAGGGUAAAGCCUGCGGGAGAGCAGCAGCAGCAGCAGCAGCAGCAGAAGAGUGUCGGUUACACACUAUAGCACACUCUGAAACACUUAAGCCUGUGGUUAUCGUGGAUGGAAUCAAAGGAAUCUCUCUGUAGACGUCGUUAGACAGAGUUUGCAAUAUUGAAAAAAGCCUUAACCAUGAAUGAACGGCGUCUUCUGGCCUUCAUGAGAGGCGAGGGGCCAAUUCUUUUAUCAACAUGACUUUUCACCAAUCAUUUUUGAAAUGAUCAUGUCUUAUGUAUUCUAGUUUUCCCCUUUAUCGAUGACACUAGUAGAGAAGAGGCCUGUGAUAUUUGUUUCCAGCACUGUUAAAGUGUCGAUGACAAUGAGCAAAAACACUUAACCUCAUUCUUGUUCUAGGAUGCCUUCUAACACUUAAACGACUGAUCUCAUAGUUUCCAUUGUCACCUGUAAGAAUUAGGGAGCUUCUGGAACCACACGGCGUUUUUAUAACCUGAUGUCCAGCACACCCCAACAUUUUGCAUCGCUUAGUUUGUACCAUUUCAUCUGUGAUUGGUUGUGUGCAGAGUGAUGAAAAGGUGUCAGUGAUUGUUCUGUAUGAAUGCUUUUUUGCAGUAUUUGCAACCAUGUGCCAUAAAAUAAUAAUGGGAGCAAAGCAAAACGAGGCAGAAUGAGCUUCACCUUUUUUUGCUUCACUGCACACUUUGGUAACAAAUAGUGCCUUAAAACACUAUUGGCAGAGCUGUUUUUUAAAAGACUUGCCACUUAACAUGUGCAGAAAUGUGGUAAAAGAAUAGCUGUGUUGAUUUGUUUAUUGGAUUUAAAUGUGUGAUUGCCAUACCAAAAAAAAAUCUCCAGUCUGUACUGGAGAGGGACCAGGGUGCACGAUCUGCUUCUUAGUGGAUCUGACUGUUGUUUUAUGUCGUCCUUAGACUGGACCUUUUUCUUAUUUUUAUAAAAACUGAUUCAACUUUCUCUACAUGCCAGUCACAAAAGCCAUCAGUAGCAGCUCGGCCUUGCAGCAGCAGCAGCACACUGUUUGAUCUGACUGAAACGGUGUUUCUCCGACCACGGAUCUCUUUGCCUGAGAGAAUUAGCUUUGAUGGAGGGAUUAUGUCAUGUGGUCUAAAUGCUGUUUCAGAGGCCUUUCCACCCCAGCAGGAAAACAAAUAUAUAUAUCUCCUGGGGGAAACACUGGACUGAAAUGUUUAUGGAUCUGUCACUUGCUGUCUUACAGAAUAAUGAAUAAGUGAGAAACUGACCAUUAUAGACUAAAAGAACCCAUGAAAUUCCACUGUAACAUCACACGUUUCUACUCGUCAGUAACUCCUGGACAUUUUUUAGUAUUCGUGCUGUAGUCGUCUCACCCCAUGUGCCCGGUCUGACUGCGAUGCCUGAGGACACAAGUCAACUGCAAGCUGCCUUGACUUCAACAUGGUACUGUCAGUGUUGGCUCUUUGUUUUUUUAUUCCGCUCCUUUACCACCAUACCACUACUCUACUUUAAUGUCUAAGCCUCCUCACCAAUUUUGUAGACAAACUUUUGCUUUCCUUUGUAAAUAUGUUUUCUUUUUCCUAUUUGUUUCUCUCUCUCUCUAGCCUUGGUGCAAUUUUUGUUGCAAUAAAAUACAAAGCAGUUGUGCUACUUGAAAUACA